GUCAGAUCAUCAUAGCACUGGCCUUUCAGCUUUUCUCUGUCAGCUCACGAGGUUCUCGUGUUGGAAUACACGACAGUAAUUUAAAAUUAAAUUUUUCUGCUGUGUCUUUAGCUUAAAAUGAAAGCAAAGGGAGAGUUGAAAGAAUUCGAGGUGAUCGGUAGAAAGAUACCCACCGAGAAGGAGAAGACGGUCCCUUUGUAUAAAAUGAGGAUCUUCGCCCCGGACGCUAUCGUCGCCAAGUCGCGUUUCUGGUACUUCCUUCGCCAGCUGAAAAAAUUCAAGAAGAGCACCGGAGAGAUUGUAUCACUCAAAUCGGUUCCGGAAAAAUCCCCAUUGAAGAUCAAGAACUUUGGUAUUUGGCUCCGAUACGACUCAAGAUCUGGAACCCACAACAUGUACAGGGAAUACAGAGACCUGUCUGUGAGCGGCGCAGUCACUCAGUGCUACAGGGAUAUGGGCGCUCGUCACAGGGCAAGGGCUCAUUCUAUCCAGAUUAUCAAAGUCAAGGUGAUCGCCAACAGCAAGGACUGCAGGAGGGCUUUAGUCAAGCAGUUCCACAACUCUAAAAUCCGUUUCCCUCUACCGAAACGUAUCCAACAAAAGAAGGAAAUGCCUUUGUUCUCGGUUAGGAAACCAAGAACAUACUUCCUGUAAUUUUGUUUCUUAAUUUUAAAUACACAUUUUUUAAAAUGA